AUGGAUGAUUCAGAGACAGACUUCAACUUGAAAGUUGUCAUGGUCAGUUUCAAGCAGUGCCUCAAUGAGAAAGAGGAGAUCCUGAUGGACCACUACCUCAGUGGCUGGCGGGGGCUGGUGAAGUUUCUGAACAGCCUGGGCACCAUCUUCACGUUCAUCUCCAAGGAUGUGGUAGCAAAGCUACAGAUUAUGGAACAGCUGCGCAGCAGCCCACAGGGUGAACACUAUGUCAGCCUGCAGUCCAUGGUGACCUAUGAAGUAAGCCACCAGCUUGUAGACCUGCAGCGGCGUGCACACCACCCAGACUCGGGUUGUCGCACUGUACUGCGGCUGCACCGUGCCCUGCACUGGCUACAGCUCUUCUUGGAGGGGCUGCGUGCCAGCCCCGAGGACGCCCGCACCUCCACGCUCUGCACUGACUCCUACAAUGCCUCACUGGCCACCCACCACCCCUGGGUCGUGCGCCAGGCUGUCACCGUGGCUUUCUGUGCCCUGCCCACGCGCAAGGUCUUCCUGGAGGCCAUGAAGGUGGGGCCGCCCGAACAGGCCGUAGUGAUGCUGAGCGAGGCGCUGCCCUUCCUUGAGCGCGUUUACGACAUCACCCAGAAGCUCUAUGCAGAGCACAUGCUGCUGGACUUGCCCUAG